AUGAAUUCCAAAGCAGUUGUUUUGAUCGGCCUUUUGGCUAUCUUCCUCCUAGCCUUUGUUUCUCAUGCAGCCACCAAAGAUUUGGCUGAAACCCAGAAUUACGGAGGAGGACAUAAUAAUGGCGGCGGUUGGGGAGGAGGAGGAAAUAAUAAUGGCGGCGGUCAAGGAGGAGGAUAUAAUAAUGGCGGCGGUCAAGGAGGAGGAAAUAAUAAUGGCGGCGGUUGGGGAGGAGGAAAUAAUAAUGGCGGCGGAUGGGGAGGAGGAAAUAAUAAUGGCGGCGGUUGGGGAGGAGGAAAUAAUAAUGGCGGCGGUAGCGGAGGAGGAUGUCGGUACGGGUGUUGCAACAGAGGUUUCCGUGGUUGUAACAAGUGUUGCUCUUACCUAGGAGAGGCGGUGCAAGCUGAUGUUGGUGGAGCCAAGCCUUGA